CGGCAGCUCCUGGAAAAGGUGCAGAACAUCUCGCAGUCCAUGGAGGUGCUGGAGCUGCGCACGUUCCGGGACCUGCAGUACGUGCGCGGCACCGAGGCGCUGCUGCGGGCGCUGGACUCGCGCCUUCGCGGCGCCGCCGAGGGGCCCCGGGCCCUGAGCGCCCGCGGCUUCCAGGAGCUGAAGGAGAAGAUGCGCGAGCUGCUGCCGCUGCUGCCGGUGCUGGAGCAGUACAAGGCGGACUCGCGGCUCAUCGUGCACCUCAAGGACGAGGUCCGGAAUCUUUCGGGAAUUCUCUUGGAAAUCCAGGAGGAGAUGGGCGCCUACGACUACGAGGAGCUGCAGCGGCGCGUGCUGCUGCUGGAGGCGCGCCUGCACGCCUGCCUGCAGAAACUGGGUACGGAAAUCCCCAAAAAUCCACCAUUUGGGGUCAAAAAACCAAAAAAAAAACCCAGGAUGCUCUACACCUGGAACAACGGCCACCAGGUGCUCUACAACGUCACGCUCUUCCACGUGGUGGGCGCCGCCGGCGAGCUCUGAGGGGCGUCGGCACAGGGAGGACGCGCGGGAGUUCGGGGGUCAGGCGUCCCGCGCUUCCACUCGUGGGCGUGGAUGAAGGGAGAGAAAAUUCCGGAAUUUUGGGUUUAUGGCUUCCACUCCUGGGCGUGGAUGAAGGCAGAGAAAAUUCCGGAAUUUUGGGUUUAUGGCUUCCACUCGUGGGCGUGGCCAAGGGGAGAGAAAAUUCCGGAAUUUUGGGUUUAUGGCUUCUCCUCUUGGGUGUGGACGAAGGGAGAGAAAAUUCCGGAAUUUUGGGUUUAUGGCUUCUCCGCUUGGGCGUGGAUGAAGGGAGAGAAAAUUCUGGAAUUUUGGGUUUAUGGCUUCUCCUCUUGGGCAUGGACGAAGGGAGAGAAAAUUCUGGAAUUUUUGGUUUAUGGCUGCUCCUCUUGGGCCUGGCCAAAGGGACAGAAAAUUCUGGAAUUUUUGGUUUAUGGCUUCCACUCGUGGGCGUGGACGAAGGCAGAGAAAAUUCCGGAAUUUUGGGUUUAUGGCUUCCACUCCUGGGCAUGGACGAAGGGAGAGAAAAUUCCGG